UUCUUCCGUUCCUUUUCUCCCCACUAUUCCGAUUCCCUACAUAGCUGUCCUUUUUAGUUUCACACCAUCGCUUUUCGGCUGCUCAAAAAACGCGCGGAAAGUGGGAUACCUUCUUCCCCUAUACAUACUGCUCGUCCCCAGCCUCCCACAUUCAUGGUAUGAACUGUGUUUUCUUUGUUUUUUUACUUGAAAGAUUUCAUCUUUAUGCAGUUUGGGGUGAACCCUUUUAUUUAUUGUGUUUCUUGAGGGUCCAUUUUAUUGACAAAUUAGAAAUUUAUGAAUUGGCUGAGUAAGCUUUUCAAAGGUAAUUCGAGUGAGUCUCAGUUUCUUGGAGAGGAAAGCAUGGUCUGGCGCACUCCUUUUAGACCCUCCGCAAUUCCGGAUGUCCGUCCUACAAAUAGGGAGAAGGACGAGUUAGAUCGUGCAAUUGCACUCUCUUUGGCAGAAGGUUUGAAGUGGCCCGCUGGACGCAGAUGGAGGAGAGUCAUUGAUGAAGAAGAUAUACCUUGGCCAGUUCGUGGAGGUGGCCUUAAUCCAUCAGCAUGCCCCACUUUUCCUCCAUAUGCACCAAGGGAUGCUUGUCCAAGACCCACUUGGGUAUGUAGUGGGUGCCACCGCGAAAUUGGAUAUGGAAACUAUCUGGGAUGCAUGGGGAGUUUCUUCCAUCCAGAAUGUUUUCGUUGUCAUGCAUGUGAUUCUCCUAUCACAGACCAGGAGUAUUCACUCUCAGGGAAUAAUUCAUACCACAAGUCUUGCUUCAAAGAACUGAAUCACCCCAGAUGUGAAGUCUGCAAUCAAUUUAUCCCGGCAAACAGGUCUGGCCUGGUCGAGUACAGAUGCCACCCCUUUUGGUCUAAUAAAUAUUGUCCUACGCAUGAGCAUGAUAACACUUCACGUUGCUGUAGUUGCGAACGACUUGAGUCAUGGAAUGCAAGAUAUGUGUCGCUUGGAGACGGUAGGAGCUUAUGCCUUGAGUGCUUGGAGUCUGCAAUCAUGGACACCGGGGAAUGCCAGCCCCUUUACCAGUCCAUCAGGCACUUCUAUGAGGGUUUGAAUAUGAGAAUAGAUCAGCAAAUUCCUAUGAUCCUUGUUGAAAGACAGGCCCUCAACGAGGCUAUCGAAGGCGAGAGAAAUGGUUCCCUCCAUAUGCCGGAAACCAGAGGACUAUGCCUGUCUGAGGAGCAGACAGUUAGCAGUAUACAGAAGAAGCCGAAAAUGGGAGGCCGUGUAUUUGUAGGAAUGAGAACACAGCCUCUAAGACUAACUCGAAUAUGUGAUGUUACAGCUAUCUUGAUCUUAUAUGGUCUCCCAAGGUUACUAACAGGUGCCAUUCUUGCACAUGAGUUAAUGCAUGCAUGGUUACGGCUGAGAGGCUACCGGAAUCUGACCAUGGAAGUCGAAGAAGGGAUAUGCCAAGUGCUUUCCCUCAUGUGGCUCGAGUCGGAGGUGACUCACGGAUACAACAGAAACAUGCCACCACCACCACCACCACCAUCAUCAUCCAAGAGGGGCAGAAAAUCUGCUUCUGAAAACAAGCUGGGAGAGUUCUUCAAGCAUCAGAUAUUGCACGACGCUUCUCCAGCGUAUGGAGAAGGCUUCCGAGCAGCUCAAGCAGCCGUGAACAAGUACGGUCUGAGGUGCACGCUGGACCAUAUUCGCAUGACCGGCACUCUCCCCAUCUAAAAUUCUUAAACAAAUUUAUAAUGAAUCCUUCCAAGCUUCUCUGUCUUCCAAUGCAGAUGAUGUCGAAGAGCAAUACAGGGAAAAAUGAGAGACAACAUAAGCAUGAGGAUGUUUUUUUUCCCACUACCUUGUUAUGUUUCUGGUUUUCUAUUAUGUGCUACUAAUCAUAUUCAAGGAGAGAUGUCAUUUUUACUCAUCUAGACUGUUAUGAGCAGUAUAAAUAAGGGUUUAGCUU